AUGGGAAGCUGCCAUGGAUUUGAUGAACCAAAUGGUCUCCUGUGCUUGUGCACAGCAGAUGGUCAGUUCAUCAUAGUGAUCUCCAAGAACCUGACCCGUCCUGCCCUCAACCUGUCGUCUCUGUAUGUGAAAGAUGGACAAGAAGCUGAGUGCAGGCCUAAACUAACCACUGGGCAACUUGUGGCCUUCCGCUUUCCAAUCACCUCUUGUGGCUCAAGCAAGUGGGAGGGAAAUGGAACCUUGGUGUAUGAAAUGGCUGUCUUGGGGAAGAGGAUGAUUCAGACUGGGAAGCUGGGCUCAAUAACCCGGGACAGCACCUUCCGCCUGAAUGUCCAGUGCAAGUACAAGGGGAGGCAAGAAACAGGUUUGCAGGUCAAUGUCACAAUUUACACUGUUUCUCCUCCACCUCCUGCUUCUGAAGAUGGGAGUUUGAAACUGGAAUUGCGAAUUGCAAAAGGUGGUGAUUACAGAUCCUGGUAUGUAGAUAGUGACUACCCCAUUCAGCAUGUUCUUCAGGACCCAGUGUUUGUGGAGGUUCGUGUCCUGGAUCGCACAGACCCAAUGAUUGUCCUGAGGUUGCGUGACUGCUGGGCAACUCCUGUCCCAGCCCCAAACCAUGAGGUGCAAUGGAAUCUAUUGAUGGAUGGGUGUCCCUAUGAGGGUGAUGACUAUCAGACUCUCCUACACCCAAUGGAUGUGUUUUCUGGCCUCACAUUCCCAACUCAUCACAAGCGGUUUGAAGUGAAGACUUUUGUUUUCUUGGAUGGAGAUUCUGAGCAGCCUCUCUCUGAACAGGUUUACCUGCAUUGCAGUGCUGAUGUUUGCUCUCUUUCUGCUGAGGAUGAUUGCACACUCAAAUGUGGCCCAAACUGCAUCCUUCUUGAUGGCCAAUGUUUGCAACAAAUGGGCUCGUCAGCAAAAAGCAGGGAUGCCAUUAACUUCAAGAACCUAUUUGGAGAUCCAGCAAUCUGUAGUGAUGAAUUUUAUUCCAUUGCAUGCAAAAUGAUGUGUAAUGUUCUUAAUGGAUUCCCAGCAUGGAGCUAUGGUGUCAUCAAUACAUAA